AGGGCAAAGUGCAAGUAGUUGCAAAUUUUAGGUGGAAUGGAAAAUGAAAUAGAACGCAAUUUUACUUGAAACGUAUUGCUUAGUAUGGUAGGUGAACUUGUAUUUUCGUUUGAUAUAUUUUUUAUAUUCAGUAUCCUUUUUUUUUUAUAAAUAGUGUACAAGAGUAAUUAAACUGUUUGCCUGCAAGGAUGUUGUCCACUCAAAUUAUUCGAAAUAUGUCAACAGCCAAUCGAUUGUCACAAAUCAAGAAACUGGUGGUAAUUGGUGGGGGUCAAAUGGGGUCAGGAAUUGCCCAAGUAUCCGCAGUUGUUGGAAAUGAAGUCAUAAUCGUGGAUCAAAAUGAAGAAUUACUUGCAAAAUCAAGGUCAACAAUUAAAAAAAGUUUGCAGCGUGUUGCAGCAAAGAAAUACAAGGAUGAACCAGAAAAAGGGAAAACAUUUGUGCAAGAAUCUAUGUCUCAGAUACAAACAAAUACUGAUGCGGAAACUGCUGUCCAAAACGCAGAUCUAGUGGUUGAAGCCAUCGUUGAGAAUCUUAAAAUUAAGCAGGAUUUGUUUAAAAGCCUUGAUGCUGUUGCUCCAGCCAAUACAAUAUUUGCUUCGAACACAUCAUCUCUACCUAUCAGAGACAUUGCUUCAAGUACAAAACGAGAGGAUCGUUUUGGAGGAGUUCAUUUCUUCAACCCAGUUCCUAUGAUGAAGCUUGUUGAAGUCAUCAAAGCUCCAAACACAAGUCAAGAAACAUUUGAUGCUUUGUUUACAUGGAGUAAAUCUCUUGGCAAGACUGCAGUUUCAUGCAAAGAUACUCCUGGAUUUUUAGUGAACCGACUACUCGUCCCUUAUACGGCAGAAGCAGUUCGCUUAUAUGAACGAGGCCAUGGAUCUAUCAAAGAUAUCGACAUCGCUAUGAAACUUGGAGCUGGCUACCCAAUGGGUCCUUUCGAGCUGACAGAUUACGUCGGGCUUGACACUUGCAAAUUCAUUCUAGACGGAUGGAGAGAAGCUAUGCCUGAUAAUCCAUUGUUCGAUGGCAGCCCGCUGAUGGAUAAAUUAGUUUCGGAAGGAAAACUAGGUGUGAAGUCGGGGGAGGGAUUCUACAAGUAUAAUAAUAAAGGACAAAAAAUGUAGAUUUUUCCAUGUGUGUCAGGUUUCGAGUAAUUUAUGAAAAUUUAGUUUGCAAAUCAAUUUAAAUUACCUUUCUGGUUGGAGUAAUUUCUGAGGCCUUCUAUUAUCUUCUACAAAUCUAUCAUCCAUUAUGGGUUUCUUGCUCUGAAUUUUUUCGAACGGUCUUUGGCAGCAGAAUACCCACAUUAAGAGCUAUUAUUUGGCAUUAAAAAAUUCAAUCCUUACUAGAUAUUUUUGUAGACCAGUGAUUGUUUUCAACUUCAGCAAUUAGUGCACUUAUGACUCAACUCAACCAUCCUCAAAUGUCAUUCAUACAUUUUUUGAUUCUUUUACAUAUAAUACAACAGAUGUCAAAUAUUAUUGACCAAAUGAUAUGAAUCAGUCAAUUUUCCUGUUUAUCUUCCAUGGUGUAGAACAGUCGGGGCCCCCCGAAGUACGCGUCCACAAGUACUUCUAGUGGGCGUAGCAUAAUGAUUUUUGCAUAUAAUAUUUCUAACCCCCACCUGACAAUGUUAUCUAAAAAUUGAGUCAUUAUGACAUCACAAUUGCAUCAUAGAGCUUGCUAAAGUAAUGAACUCACUAACGCCAGCAAUCUCUCUCUUAUCAGUAUUGUUUCAACGAGAAUAUGAGAGAGUCUGUGCAUUUUAGACGACCAUACUUAUACUUUGGGGGGCGUAUUUUCAGAUCAUGUGGGGGUUAGGAAUGGCACAUUCAAAAGUUGUUGAGGUAAACCAACUAGAAGUACUUGUUGGCAGGAGACCGAACAGUGAGUGGUAUAAUACUCAAAUAUUGCACUGCCUGUACUUCCUCAUACCUAACAAUUAUCGUAAUUUUUUUAGUCAAUAUCAUAAUAUAUUUCUUAAUUUUGUAAGUUUUCUGAUUUAAUCAAUUUGCCCAAUCAAUAGUUGCUUAUUGGUUUUGAAAAAUA